UCCCUUUCUCCCAUACAUUAUUAAAAAAAAAAAAAACUCAGAUCUCACGAUUUGAGCAGCAAAAACGCAAUGAGGACACCGACGACACUGCUCCUUCUUGUCGGAGCCAUUCUCUUCUCCGGCACCGGUUAUGUCAGAUCCGACGCCUCCAACCACCGUUACAAGGAUGGAGACACCGUUCCUCUCUACGCCAACAAGGUCGGCCCGUUUCACAACCCAAGUGAGACCUAUCGCUAUUUUGAUCUUCCCUUCUGUAUCCCAGAGGGUGUGAAAGAGAAGAAGGAAGCUCUUGGAGAGGUUCUAAAUGGGGAUCGUCUUGUUAGUGCUCCAUACAAGCUUAACUUCAGAGAUGAAAAAGAUUCUGAGGUAUACUGCAACAAGAAGCUAACUAAAGAAGAGGUCAAACAGUUCCGCAAGGCUGUUGAGAAAGACUACUACUUUCAGAUGUACUAUGAUGAUUUGCCUANGUUCCUAAAAUUUAGGAAAACCAGUUUUUAG